GUGUGAGAUUUGGGACAGAGCCUCAGCAGUGUUGCUGGUGGUGAAGAAGGGGGUGGAAUCGCGGCUUCGGGUUUGCUAGUCGUCCAAAAUUCAGCGGAGAGAGAAAUCGAGAGUUUCAGCGCCAACACGGAUUUUCUUUGGGAUAAACGCACAGGCCUCGCUGCUAAAACGCUCAGUGCACAGGAUGUACCGUGACCCGUCAAGAUGCCCCAUUCCAGGCGGUAUGCAUCGUCGGAGCGGGCCAGCCGCAGCAGCUAUCAGGACCGCUAUCGCGAGCGUGACCGGGAGCGAGGGAGAAAGCCCCGACACCGGCGCUCGCGAUCCUUCUCCUCAAGCAGCGAGCGAGAACGGAGGGGACGAGGACACAGGCAGGAGGGAACCUACGCACGCUCCAGGAGCUACGACAACCGCUCAGUAGACAGGAGGCCUUACGACAGGCGCUACGGUGAAGGCUACCGGCGGCAGGAGCACGAACGAGACCGCGAUCGUGAACGUGAGCGACUGUCACCGGACGGCUACCACUCGCGCGACCCUUCCACCAGUUAUGACUACCGCCGCGCGCACCAACGCCACAAAGGCAGCAGGCGUAAGCACAAACGAAGGCGGCGUAGAACCAGGUCCUAUAGCCCAUCCUCCUCGCAGCGGAGUGCCAGCGGGACGCGGCCGCUAUGUGUGAGGGACGACGAGGAGGGUCACCUGAUCUGUCGGAGUGGCGACGUCCUGCAAGAGAGAUAUGAAAUUGUCAGCACUUUGGGGGAGGGCACGUUUGGAAGGGUGAUGGAAUGCAUUGACCAUCGCAGAGGUGGAGCCCAUGUGGCUCUGAAAAUCAUUAAAAACGUUGAGAAGUACAAGGAGGCUGCGCGACUGGAGAUCAAUGUACUGGAAAGGAUCAAUGAGCGAGACCCUGAAAACAAAAAUCUGUGUGUACGGAUGUUCGACUGGUUUGACUAUCAUGGCCACAUGUGUCUCAGCUUUGAGCUGUUAGCACUCAGCACGUUUGACUUCCUGAAGGAGAACAACUACCUGCCCUAUUCCAUCAGCCAGGUCCGACACAUGGCCUACCAGCUCUGCCUAGCUGUCAAGUUUCUGCAUGACAACAAGCUGACCCACACAGAUUUAAAACCAGAGAAUAUUCUCUUUGUUAACUCGGACUUCACCAUAACAUACAACGUAGAGAAGAAGAGAGACGAGCGUACGGUGAAGAGCACUGCAGUGAGGGUAGUCGAUUUCGGCAGUGCUACGUUUGACCACGAACACCACAGUACAAUCGUCUCCACCAGGCACUACCGCGCACCGGAGGUUAUUCUCGAACUGGGUUGGAGCCAGCCUUGUGAUGUGUGGAGUAUCGGCUGCAUCCUCUUCGAGUAUUACCUUGGCUUUACGCUUUUUCAGACUCAUGAUAACAGGGAGCACUUAGCCAUGAUGGAGAGAAUAUUGGGUCCCGUCCCUUCCAGGAUGAUCCGCAAAACGAGAAAGCAGAAGUACUUUUACCAUGGACGGCUCGACUGGGAUGAAAACUCCUCAGCAGGAAGAUAUGUUCGAGAGAACUGCAAGCCCUUGCGACGGUACAUCCUGUCUGAGGCAGAGGAGCAUCACCAGCUGUUUGACCUGAUUGAGGUGAUGCUGGAGUACGAGCCGCCAAAGCGCAUCACUCUGGCCGCAGCGCUCAGGCACCAGUUCUUCCAGAGUCCCAUCACUGCUAGCGAGCAGACAUCAGGAAAGCCCUGGGAGGCUAAUCGUGACAUUAGCCGGUGACGUUUGUCUCUACCUGCCUUAGUUUUUUUGCGCCAAAAAAAUAAAAAAAAAACUUUUUUUGAGGGGCUGUGAGCAGAGUUGGUGUGCAACAACAAUUGGGGUUCACCUGGUGAAACUGAUCCUUUUUUAUUUUCAGGCAACCUGACUGACCAAGUAGUUUUAAGGUGGACCGAGUUGUAGGGGUUAUACUGCCGUGUCAGCUUUAAAGUAUUUAAGGGUGACACAGGACUUUGUCUUAAGCUGGAACCGGUUACAAUAGUUUCGUAUUUACAGAGCCCAUGGGUAGAUUAUGUACCGUAGGAUGCCAUUUCAACGCUAACUCAGACACAAAGUCUUCCACACAUGAAGGACAAGAUGGAAGGAACUUUAUCCAGUACUGCAGACACAAAGUACAUGGAAAAGUUUAAAAGAUCUGAUGUGUUGUUGCAUAUAUAACCAUCUCUGAUUUUGAAAUGGGGAAAAAUGGAGAGAACAUCUUUGAGUCAUAUCUGUUGUAGCAAAACCAAAACAAGGUGGGUUUUUUGUUUUCUAGAAGCUUUGGAAAAACAUGAACGUAAACAUGAAGAAAAGCACCAAACUGGCUGCAUUGGUUGCAUUGGAUUCCAUUGUAAUUGGACACUGAGUCUGAAUUACGGUCACGUACUUAGUCGUAUUUUUAUUGGACAGGCGAUAAUUGAAGAGAUGUUCUGGCAUAGACUCACUCCUUGAUCCUAGAUCUGUCAGUCUCAUCCGAACAGCAGCUACACAGAAGCUACUGUUCUAUGUAGCUCAGUGUCUUUUUCUUUUUUUCAGUGUGUCUGACACACACAUACACACACACAUACACACACACACACACACAUUUGUAUUUUCUAUUGAAGCCUUUUGUCCAUGUAAUUAAGCACAGACCUUUUGUGCGCUGUGUCAUUCUUGCCAGCACAGGUUUACAGUAUUUAUUUGAAUCAGCAUUAUUUUUGUUUUCGUGUUUUUAUAUGAAGCUAAAUGUGUAUAUCUGUAUAUACAAAUAUAUAUGUAUCUAUGACUGUAUAGAAUAAAGUCUCUGUCUGUCUGCCUGGCGUUUGUUGAAGUCGUGGCAGCUUCACAGGCAGAAAACGGCAGACAUCUUGUCAGA